GAAGCUGGUGGGUGUUUGAAGCGCGGCGUCUGCAGCAUAAUUAAAACAUGGCGGACUCGGAGGAAUUUAGACUGAAACGUUUAAAGCACGAGGAACGCCUGUCUAGAGUAUUUGAUGAAGUGAUGGGGCUGGGAGACUUUGCAGACUCCUCCAGGGAAUCCACGACCUCCUCCAGGAGCGGAGAUCAGGACGAGACGAAGGGAGCGGACGAAACGACAGCACAACCCCAACAGGUAGAAGAAGGGGACAGCAACGGCAGCAGACAAGAGGAAAAGACGGACAAGGAGGCUGAAGAGUCAUCCCCUCCUUGCAAUGCCUCCCCUCCCUCUGAGCGACGUUCCUCUUUUACCAUGGGAACUAGCGAAGGAGCAGGAGGAGGAGGAGGAGGAGGAGGAGGAGGAGGAAGGGCAGCGUUUGAUGAUGCGCUGGAUGGUCUUCCCGUGUUUGGGCCGGAAGAAGACGAUGAAGACUGGCACUUCGCCCUGCCCAUGGGAACCCUGGAGGACGUCGACAUGAGCAAGGCGAACAGAAACGUGAAGCAACCGCCACAACAGGGGAACAACAAAACUCAAAGUGAACCCAGAGAGGAGGAGGAGGGGGAGGAAGAGGAGGAGGACCAAGAGAGGGAAGGAAGCAGUGGGUCUGCCAACACCUCUCACUCCUCUCAGGACCACACGCCCGAGAACAGCCGAGAUGGAGGGGUCCUCAACCAGACAGAGGAGACAGAGGACAGCCAGCAAGGAGAGAGGUCAGAGGCAGCUCCGACAGAGGACAGUAAUCCCCCGAUUUCUCCCAGCAUCAACAUUAAAGAUGAGCCCAUUGAUGAGGGCUACGACGCUGCUUUACUGCCUCAGAGCUCCAUCAGACAGAUCAAAGAGGAGCUGGAGCAUCAGGAGGAAGAGCUGAGGAUCAGCUCUGUUUACUCUGUAGGUGGAGGGAACACCUUUGUGUCCCCUACAGUACCAGCAGUCCCAGUCCCAGCUCCCCCUCAAACGGCCAUUUUUAUCCCAGGUAGAGGAGCUGUCCUACAAGCCAUGGCUUCCCUUCCUGUCAGACCACCAGGUCCAAUCCCAACUUCCCUCGCAUCUCUGACACCAAUGCCCCCACGCCCACCUCAGCCCGCCAUCCCCGGUAGUGUUCGCUGCAGCGGCUGCUCUAAGGUUCUGCUAAAAGGCCAAACGGCAUUCCAAAGAAAAGGCUCGACGCAGCUCUUCUGCUCCACAGUCUGUUUGACUGGCCAUCUGCCUCCAGCCAACAAAAACCGAUCCUGUUUCCAGUGCAACAGGGAGAUUCUUCAGCCCAGGGACAUGAUCACGAUUCCAGCAGACGACAGCACCUUAAUGCACUUUUGUGGCCAGUUCUGUCUGUCUGUCUUCAGACACAAAAAGAAACAUACUGACAAGGUCGUCGACAAAUGGGCCGACAAACGAGUUGAGAAGAAGCCAGAGAAGCUGCAGGAGAAACUGGCUGACAAACAGACGGACAAAAUUUACUGCAGCGUGUGUAAAAUCGCCAACAGGAUUGAGCACGAGGUCAGCCAUCAAGGUCGUCUACACAGGCUCUGUAGCGACGCCUGCUUUGUAACAUGGCGUAAGAUCCGACAGUUAGCCAUGAACUGCUGCGAAGGCUGCGGACUUUACUGUAAUAGCAACUCAGGCUCCUGCCAGACACUCGUGAUUGAAAGAUCUAAGCUCAACUUCUGUGGUCCCACCUGCAUUGGGACUUACAAACAGACGUGCAGAAAAACGGUGGAGUGCCCCUGCUGUCACAAGACGGCCAUAGUGUCGUCCACCAUCAUGGAACGAGACCAAAAGGGCAAAGUUCAGCUUUACUGUACACCUCAUUGUGUGGAACAGAGUCGACCCCCCCGACACACUCUAACCGGUACUCCAUUCCCAUGCAGCCUGUGCAAGAUUCCAGCUGUUCCUCAGUAUCAUCUGGCCAUGGUGGACGGCACGAUUCGUAACUUCUGCUCCUAUGACUGUGUUUCUAUAUACAGGAAAUCCGGUCACGCCUCUCAGGCAGACAUAACUAAUGGAACCGCCUCUCCCAGGGACCCCUCUCUCAGAGAUGCCCCCAGACCGGGGCCAUCUGCCGGAGCCAGCUCAGUCCCUCCCAUCCCUCAGGACUACCCAUCUUCAGUCCCCUACCCAGGCCAUCACCCCAGUAAUACCUCAGUGCCCCCACUGGUGCCUCCCUACUCAGCCAUGUCCUCCCCCUCUGUCCCAGGGCAAGCCCAGGCAAGAGCACCCUCUAGUCAGCCCCAGAAACCAGCAGAUGGUGGAUCCAGUGAAGCCUCCAAACUGACCUGCCAUCAUUGCAUCAAACAAUUCAAUAUCAAACCGCUGCUAUUCAGUUACCAAGGUCGUAUCUCUAUGUUCUGCAGUGAGACGUGCGGUGAGCAGUAUAAAAAACAGAAGAAUAUCCUGGCGUUGUGUGAGGGCUGUAAACAGGAGAAGGUGCACUUUGACACCAUAAGCUACAACCAAGAAGACCUCUUCUUCUGCAGUGAAAACUGUAAAGUUCUCUUCAAACAUGAGAUGACAUCCCGUUGCAAGGAUCUCCCCUGGCGUUCCUGCAGCUACUGCUCCAGCCUUGGUCAGAAGAUGCUGCACAGCCAUUACGGAGGCAAGAUGGAGGAGUUCUGCAAACCCCACUGCAUGUCCCAGUACACUGUACUCUAUUACGGGAUGGGUCGAUGUGACAGUUGUAGGAAACAGGGCUACUUGACCGAGAAGCUGCAGUGUUUGGGUUCAGUCCGUAACUUCUGCAACCUGCCCUGCCUGCUGCAGUACUGCUACAUGCAUUUUGAGACAAACCAACACACCAGCAGUAAUGGUACUGGAACGGCCCCACAAGCACCACAUGCUCCGACACAGCCACACCACUCCUCAAAGAUGAAUCCUGUCAUAGCUGAUGUCGUCUCAUUGGCCAAUGGCUCUGCCACUCAGCCCAGUGUGUCAGCAGAUACGGCUCUGACUGGAGCACUUCCAACCUCCAACGUAGACGGCAAGAACCUGGAUCAUGCCAGCACUCAGACUGACGCCAUGCGGGGGCCUGUGUCCCGCCGCCGUCAAAUGAAGAAUAAGUCAGUUCUUUGCCGGCCGUUCACCAUGGACCAAGAGAGCAUGUGCCAGCUGCCCACACCUUCCACCGACAGCUGCUCAGCAGAUGACAAUGUAAAGGUAUUAAUGGUACCAGUCCCAGUACCAGUCUUCAUUCCAGUGCCUAUGAACAUGUAUUCCCAGCACACACCUUUUCCUAUGGCCAUGCCCAUACCGGUUCCAGUGCCCAUUUUAGUACCAUCUCAGAAUAAGGGUGUAAAAGACGCAGCUGUCCAAUCAGAUUCUUUGGCUGUGGAGGAUGAAAAUCAGAAUGACAGGCACGUCUCCAGGGCAGGCCAUAGUGGAGAUGUAAAGUCAGAGGGGGUCCUUCCCAUAAUCCACAAAGAUGAGGAAAAUCCAAAAGCAAUGCAAGCCCACCUGCCACUUACUGUAAGUUCAGCGGGGAGCACAGAGUCAGCUCAUCCCCAGCUUAUUACCCAGCCAGAGGGGAGUACGACGACAAGUGACCCACCUACCACCAGUGCCGAGGAUCAACCUCCCUCUUCUCCGAUGAUGGAUUUGGAGAAUGACUUACCUCCUGAAUCGUUGGAUCAGAAGGCAUCCGCUCCACAGCGAGGAGUGAAAAGAGCCAGAGAAGGUUCCUCCGGUCGGAAACGGGGUCGAAGGCGAAUCCGUUCGAUGAACCGCAGUGCAGUGGCGCCUCCAGCCCCCUCCAAACUGAACCACCUGUAUGGGGUUAAAGCCUGGAAGUGCUGGGUCCAACAACACAACAAGCAACCCCAAAAACCCAGUCCAGGGGAUAUUAAAGAGGACAUCCUUCAGUGUGACUCUGCAGAGCUGAGCUUUGCUUUGUCUCGCUUCAUCAAAGAAGUACGACGGCCCAACGGAGAGCCCUACAGCCCGGACAGCAUCUUCUACCUCUGUCUUGGGUUACAGCAGUAUCUGUUCAUGAAGGGCCGCAUAGAGAACAUCUUCACUGAUGAACUGUACAAGCAGUUUGCCACCGAGAUCACCGGGAUGCUGCGACUCUGGAGACCUAAACAACUACCCAGUGGUGGCAUUGUUUCCUCCCGUGUUGAGGAGGCCUACCUGUGGGAGUGUAAGCAGCUGGGCGCCUACUCUCCGAUAGUGCUGCUCAACACGGUGCUCUUCUUCUGCACCAAAUAUUUUCACUUCACCACGCUGGCGCAACACCGAAGCCUCUCUUUUUCCAACUUUACUCUGCGCUCCAAACCCUGCAGCCGGACUGGCAAAAUCCACUACCUCCACUACCAGAGAAGCCGCGGUGCCACAACGAGCCGAGAGGUGACAGAACGAUCCAGAAAAAGACAGGAAGAGGAUGCUGGGGACCUGGAGAUGCUAGAAAACAUCACCAACCCUCUGCACUGUCCGGUCAGACUGUACGAGUUCUACCUCUCAAGAUGCCCAGAGACAGUGAAGACGAGAACUGACGUGUUUUUCCUCCAGCCUGAACAGAAUGUCCACACACACAGUUCCCACUGGUAUACUUGUCAACCAUUGGAGCACACCACUCUACAGAGCAUGCUCACACGCAUCCUGGCUGUCAGAGAAGUUCACCAGGAGCACCAAGCAGCCCAAUUGAAGUCCUCAGUCGCCACCAAUGAUGACAGCUUACAGUGAUGAGAAGCUGCUUAUCCAUCACCCUCUCUGCAAUAGGAACCUUCUCUGAUGCUGAACAGUUCACAGUGAAUUGCAGCUCUAUUUACACUCAUUGGUCAUUUCAGACUGAGACUGGCAGGUCUCUGAAAUGGGGACGCCGACCACCAAGCUGUCAAAGACACAACACAGAGAGACAGUAAAAAAGGAGACUUUGUCAUAGAGAGACACAUUUAAAGGACUUUGUAAGUGUGGGAUUAUGGUAUUACGUUACUUCAGUGGCCACCCCCUCCUCACAUAAAUGCACAAUGA